CAUCAAUGUCAUUCAAGAUUCUACGGUCUGUUUUCCAAACUAAAUUCCCCGCAUAAUUAUUAAAACAGAACGCAUACCUUAACAUUAUUCAAGAUUUAAAAGUUUACAACUCAUAAUAAUGCCUAAAGUGGUAUCGCGAAGUAUAGUCUGUUCGGACACGAAGGACCAGGAAGAAUACAAUGAAGCAAAACCUUUGCACAUAUACUACUGCCUUUGUGGCCAAAUGUCUCUUAUUUUGGACUGCACGAUAGACAGAUUACCAUUACGUCCAACUGACGAAGCCAGAGUUAUAGAUGGUUCAAAACACGCACAUAAAAUCACUGCCGAUCCUGACGAAACGGUAUAUCUGAAGCGUGAGAAAGGUAUUGAAAGGCAGUACAGAUUAAAAUGCAAGAAAUGUGGAAUUCCGAUCUAUUACAAACAUAAUCAAGACAGCAACGUCGUAUUUAUCAUGCAUGAGGCUUUAGUUUCAUCAGCAGGUGAAGGUACUAUGACAGAUAUUUACAAACAAGUUGCAUUAGCUCAACCUAAAAAGAUUAUGGUAACCAAACAUACUAAGAACAUGGGCAAGUUCAGUUCAGUCACUGUCUCUACUAUUGAUGAGGAAGAGGAUGAGAUUGAGGCCAGAGAAGUGGCAGACAGUUAUGCAAAUAAUGCGAGAAUCAUUGAAAAACAAUUAGAAAGGAAGGGAAUGAAUAAAAGACAGGCAGAGACACCAGCUAGUAGUAGUACAGAGAAGAGAGUUAGAGGAACAUUAAUUGAUAAAUAAAUUAUUAACAGUAUU